AUGGUGCUGAGCCCGGAGUGGCAGGCUUGGGCGAAGGGGAGGAAGCCGCCGGUCGAGCCCUUCGCAACCAUGAUCAUGGAUGCCGUGUGGUGGAAAGGUGCGGAGUUCUUCGUCGCCCUCCUGAAGAUCCCCUUUGCCGUCAUGCGCAAGAUUGACUCGACGGCCAAGGGCAUGAUGGGCAGGAUGUACGAUCUGAUGUUGCAGCUCACGGAAGACAUCAAUGCGAAGCUAGAGGAGGAGGAGGCGGGAUUGCUGCUGUCCAGCAGCGAACGCACAGAGGUGACCAACAUCGUCCAAAAGCGCUGGGACCAUAGCAUGGCGUGUGCCAUGCACGUGGUUGGCCGGAUCCUCAACCCGGUCAACCAAGAGGAAGGCAUCUUCCGCACCGACCUGGAGUGUACUCGCGUCUUCAAAGCGUUUGUCGCUCGUCACUACGCAGGGCGAACCGUCACGCGCAAGGAGAGCGAGGAGUUGCGCGCAUCCCACGUCAUCCAGGACGGCUUGGCGGCAUUCAACACCCUUCAGGGGAGCUUCGGCCUACCCGACGCCAUCUCUGGCCGUGAGCUUGUGAAGGCCGGUAAGAAGACGGUCGUCCAGUGGUGGACGUGGCACGGGACGGAGCACCCCGAGCUAACAACGCUCGCUUGCCGCGUUCUCUCUCAGCCAGUGUCCGCAUCGGCGUGUGAGAGGAACUGGGCAGUGUGGGAAUCGAUCCACACUGCCAAGCGCAACAGGUUGGGGUCCGAGAAGUGUCGGGACCUCGUGUAUGUUGCGUACAAUUGGAACAUUGUGCGCAACUGGCACAAGGGGGCUGAGGGGGUGACGGUUCUCCCCGGGAACAUCCCUGAGGCCUCCCUGGCGGAAGGGUACAACGAGGUUCUGGAGGAGGAUGAGGAGGAGGGGGAGGAGGAUGAGCUGGAGGAUGAGUACAAUGCUGGUGGUGGUGUGGGUGGCAAUGGUGACGGCGACGCGGUUGGCAGUGCUGUUGGUGCGGGCAGCAGAAGUGCCAGUGGCGCGGGGAGCAGAGGAGCAAUUGGUGCGGGUGGUAGUGGUGCUGCUAGUGCGGGGGGGAAUGGAAUGGGUGGUGCGGGCGGCAGUUGUGCCGGCAAUGCGGGCAGCAGUUGUGCCAGUAAUGCGGGCGGCAGUGGUGCCGGUAAUGUGGGCGGCAGUGGUGCCGGUAAUGCGGGCGGCAGUGGUGCAGGCUCCAGUUGA